AUGACUGAAGCUACUACUAGAGUCACCAGACAGUCGACCAGGGCCGCAACGGCUCGUGCUAAGACCGGCGCCAGUACAACUACCGGCAAUACUGGUGUUAAGAAAGAUGCUGUUGCACUGAGCAAAGAGAACAAUGGCACGAGCCAUAGCCACACAGCUCUAGACCCCCUAGAGUUUGGUGUGCUAGAAAGUACCGACCAUUUAUACGCACAACAGCCUCCUAGCAAAGAGGAGUUACGUCCGCAUGAAGAAGACCUUCCGAAAUAUCAUGUUUUUCUAGGAACAUACAUCAGUUAUCUAAUCCUCAUUAUUAUUGGACACAUUCGCGACUUCUGGUCCAAGCAUCUCAUUAGCAGUAAGUCUGCCAGUGGAUACAGUAAAGCACUCCGUCCCAAGAACGGAUACGCUCCAUUAAUGAGUGAUUUCGACAGUUUCUACACCCGUCGAUUGAAGUCGCGAUUGAAUGAUUGUUUUGCACGUCCUACCACUGGCGUUCCAGGCCGAUUCAUCACUAUACUAGAUAGAGAGCCUACUUCCGAGGACUACAGUACAUUCAACUAUCCAGGAACGACCAGCCAAUGCUUAAACCUCUCUUCAUACAACUAUCUGGGAUUUGCCCAAUCUGUCGGCCAGUGUACCGAUGCUGCGGAGAAGGCGAUUCUCGAAAAUGGCAUUAUUGCUGGAGCCCCUCGUGCUGCUGGUGGUACUUUGGAUAUGCAUUAUGAGACCGAGCAGAUUGUGGCCGAGUUUGUUGGCAAAGAAUCUGCCAUGUUAUGUUCUAUGGGUUAUGCCACUAAUGCGAAUAUUUUUUCUAAUCUCGUUGAUAAGCAUUGUCUCGUCAUUUCCGACGAACUAAACCACGCGUCUAUCAGAUUCGGAGUCCGUGUUUCAGGAGCGGUUAUCAAGAUUUUCAAGCACAAUGAUAUGGACGAUUUAGAGCAGCUGAUUCGUGAACAGAUCAGUCAGGGUCAACCAAGAACACAUCGUCCUUGGAAGAAGAUUCUCAUUGUUGUUGAAGGUUUGUACAGUAUGGAGGGAACCAUGUGCAAUCUGCCUAAACUGAUAGAAUUAAGAGAAAAGUACAAGAUUUACCUGUUUGUGGACGAGGCUCACUCUAUUGGAGCCAUGGGACCCACUGGAAGAGGUGUGUGUGAUUUCUUCAACGUGUCUCCUGCCAGUGUUGAUAUUCUCAUGGGCACCCUGACCAAGAGUUUCGGUGCUACUGGUGGAUAUAUUGCUGCUGACAGAGGUGUUAUUGACCGGUUGAAGAUUCAUAACAUGGCCAACUGUUAUGCCGAGGCAGUCACUCCACCAGUUCUGGCGCAAAUCCAGUCGUCUCUGCUGACUAUUGCCAAUAAAAUCAAUCCUGGAGAGGGCACCGAGCGUCUUCAAAGACUAUCAUUCAACUCUAGGUAUCUCCGCCUCGGACUCAAGAAGCUCGGAUUCAUUGUAUAUGGAGCCCCAGACAGUCCAAUCAUUCCUGUUAUGCUGUACCAACCGUCGAAGAUGCCAGCAUUCUCACGAGCCAUGCUACGUCAAAAGAUCGCAGUCGUAGUAGUUGGAUACCCUGCAACACCCCUGACCUCGAGUAGAGUGCGAUACUGUGUGUCGUCAGCACUCACCAAAUCCGAUCUCGACAGACUUUUGCGAGCAACUGCCGAGGUCGGCGAAGACCUCAACCUCAAAAUGAGCCAGGAAAUAGACGAGAAAACCGGCCAACUAAGACGAGAACAGCUCGACGACUUCCUUCCUACACUCGUCGAUGACUGUCGCAAAACUGACUGGGAGUAA